AUGGAAUAAAACGAUUAGUUACCAUUCAAAACAUUCUAAUUACUAUAAAUCUAAUGUUAAUUAAGUAAGAAAUUCUUGAGUGGAAAUAUAUAAUUAAAAUAAAAAUACAUAGGAAAAGAUUUUGAAAUAACUUCAUUAAGUUUAUAAAUAAAUGGAAAUGAUCCAGAUACUCAUUUUAUUAUUGAAUUAUAAAAUGAUACUGAAAAUAAAUUCUUAUAUUAUGGAGAUUUAAUAGCAAUUAAGCAUUUUAAGACUCAAUUAUAUAUAAAUGUAAAUCAUGAUUAAAGAAGUGAUCAUUAAAAAGAAGCUGAUGUUUGUUUGAUGGAAUAACCUGAAUAUUUUGUUAUACAACCUCCAGAAUAAGAUAAUACUUUACUACUUAAAUAUUUAAAUAAAACAAUCACACAUCCUUUUCGUUUAUUGUCUUCUGAUAAUAGAAAAUAUUUAAUUUCUCAAUUAUAGAAAAAUGAUAAUACAUUUUAAAUAAAAUCUAAAUAAAAAUUCAAUGCUAAUAAUGAAACAGAAGGAGUUUGGAAUUUUGUAUAUAUAAAUUCUACUAAUAAUAUAUUGAAAAUGUUUAAUAGAGUAUAUAAUCUACCAAUCUAUGUAGAAAGUGGAAGAAAAGUAAUUAUAAGAAAUUUGUGGACUGGAUUUACUUUACAUUCACAUAACAAUAUUACUUAAUUAAGAAAAGCAUAAGAAGUCACUUGUUUUAGUCAUCCAAGAGAUGGUAAACAAUUUAUAUUAAUUUAUAGAUAAUGAUUAUUGGUCAAUUGUUAAAUAACAAUCUAGAAACACUUCUAAAUAUAUUAAUUGUGAUGAUCAAAUUUUUCUAUAACAUUUAAAAACUGCUCUAUAUCUAAAUGGUUCAGAUCAAGAAUCAUAUUCAAAAUUAGGUUAACUUGUGUUUUGUAGUGAUGAACCUUAAUUAUUUUAUACUUAAUGUAAAUUUAUUAUAUUAUUAUAGCAUUUGAUGAUUUUAUUUUAGAAAUGAAUAAACCAUUUACUAUUAAAUUUAAUAAUUAUUUCUUGGCUCAAAGUUCAUCAGCAGCUGAAAGUAAGAUAGGAAUUUAAUAAGAAUGUAUAUUUGUUUAGAAAUAGACUUAAAAUUGUUUAUGGAUUAUCGAAAAAAAUGA